CAAACCCCCCCACGCCAUGACCCGCUGGAUACCCACGAAAAAAGAGAAGUACGGAGUCGCAAUCUACAAUUAUGAUCCCCAUGGUGAGCAGGAGCUGUGUCUACAGGUGGGGGACACGGUGCACAUACUUGAGAAAUUGGAAGGCUGGUAUAGGGGCUACACGUUACGCAAGAAAUCACAUAAGGGCAUUUUCCCAUCUUCCUACAUCCACUUAAAGGAGGCUACGGUUGAGGGAAUAGGCCAGCAGGAAAUAAUUAUUCCAGCAGAUCUACCGCUGGUGCAGGAGCUCGGGGCUACUCUGAGGGAAUGGGCACAGAUAUGGCACAAGCUCUUUGUGGCGAACAAGACCACCCAGUUCAGGAGUGUUCAGCAGAUGGCCUACAGCCUCAUCGAAUAUCGAUCUCAGAUAGUGUCAGGAACACUGCCCAAGGAUGACCUUGUAGAGCUCAAAAAGAAAGUCACAGCGAAGAUUGAUUAUGGAAACCGGAUUCUGGGUUUGGACCUGGUGGUACGAGAUGAAUCAGGAAACACACUGGAUCCCGACCAGACCAGCACGGUCAGUCUGUUCCGGGCGCACGAGACCGCAUCACGCAGUGUCGACGACAGGAUACAAGAGGAGAAGACGCGGCUGCAAAACCUGGAAAUGAGGCGUCAGACCCUGUUCAGCACGGUGCACACCUACAGUCUACUCAUGAACCUGAAAAACUUUGUAUGCAACAUUGGAGAAGAUGCUGAGCUGCUAAUGUCUCUCUAUGACCCUGACCAGUCAGAAUUCAUCAGUGAGAACUUCCUGGUGCGGUGGGACAGUAUGGGAAUGCCUAAAGAAAUUGAAAAGCUCAACAACCUGCCAGCACUAUUCACGGACCUGAGCAGCAGCGACUUGAUGAGGCAGCGACUCUUCCUGGUUUGCCAGAUCAUCAGAGUUGGCAGCAUGGAGCUGAAGGAGGGCAAGAAACACACAGGCGGACUUAGGAGACCGUUUGGUGUGGCUGUGAUGGACAUAACAGACAUCGCCCAUGGCAAAACAGAUGAUGAGGACAAACAGCAUUUCAUCCCUUUUCAGCAGAUAGCUAUGGAAACCUACAUCCGUCAGAGGCAGCUCAUCAUGUCACCGCUCAUCCCGUCUCGAGUCAUAGGAGAGAAUGAACCGCUCACUGCUGUCUUCAACAAAGUCAUUGCCACACGGGAGGUCAAUCACAAAGGCCAGGGACUGUUUGUGACCCUGAAGCUGCUCCCAGGAGAUCUUGCACAGGUCAGAAAGGACUACUCCCAUUUUGUGGACCGCAGUACAGCCAUCGUCAGGAAAAUGGGCUUUCCAGAGAUCAUCCUCCCAGGAAAUGUGAGGAAUGAUAUUUACGUAACCUUGCUGCAGGGAGAGUUUGACCGUGGUAAAAAGAAGACCCCCAAAAAUGUGGAGGUCAUACUGAGUGUGCACGAUGAAGAAGGCAAUCCUAUGGAGAAAGCAAUAUUUCCUGGGGCUGGUUAUGAUGGCAUCACAGAGUACAAGUCUGUCAUUUACUACCAGGUGAAGCAGCCUUGUUGGAAUGAAACAGUGAAGGUGACAAUUCCCAUUGAAGAUGUGUGCCGCUGUCACCUGCGAGUGAUGUUUCGACACAGAUCCUCCCAGGAUUCUAGGGACAAAUCGGAGAAGCCCUUCGGCAUGGCCUUCGUCCGGCUCAUGAAGGUGGAUGGGACCACACUGAAAGAUGGCAGGCAUGAACUUAUCGUCUAUAAGGUUGACGUGAAGAAGGCGGAAGAUGCAAAGGUUUACCUGACCUUGCCAGCGACCUGGGCUGAAGUGGAGGAGAAGGAGAAGCAAACGGGGAAGUUCCACCACUCAGGAGUGAUUCCUGUGACUAAAGACAGCUUCCAGAUCGGCACGCUCACCUGCUCCACUAAACUCACUCAGAACGUGGAUUUGCUCGGCUUGUUGAACUGGAGGUCUAACCCUGAGGAUCUGGAGCAGAUCCUGCAGAGGCUGAUGGAGGUCGAAGGAGGGGAGAUAGUCAAAUUUCUCCAGGACACUCUUGACGCCCUUUUCAACAUCAUGAUGGAGACCUCAGAAAAGGACACCUAUGACACCCUGGUGUUUAAUGCCUUGGUAUUUAUAAUUACCCUUAUUGGCGACAUCAAAUUCCAGCACUUCAACCCAGUCCUGGAAACCUACAUCAACAAGCACUUCAGCGCCACUUUGGCUUACAUGAAACUAACCAGGGUGCUGAACUACUACGUGGGCCAUGCUGAGGAACCUUCCCUUGCCGAGAGGCUGUAUGCAGCACUCAAAGCUCUCAAGUACCUAUUCAGGUUUAUUGUACAGUCCCGGGUCCUCUAUCUAAGGUUCUAUGGAAACAGUGAAGAUGGGGAUGCUUUCUUUAACUCCAUUCGGACCCUUUUCCUCUCUUUCAACACUUUGAUGGACAGACCACUGGAUGAGGGAGUGAAGAUAAAGGGGGCAAUAUUGAAAUACCUACCCAGCAUCAUUAAUGACAUCCAGACUGUGUUUGAUCCCGUGGAGCUCAGCGUGCUCCUAACGAAGUUCAUUGAGAGCAUUCCUGACUCUCAGCUCGUGCGUCAGAAGCUCGGCUGCAUGUGUAAAAUGGUGGAGAGUGACCUUUUCAGACAGCCAGAUUGUCGAGAUGUGCUUCUGCCUCUUGUCACUGACCAGCUGAGUGGGCAGCUGGACGAUCACUCCAGUAAACCUGACCACGAGGCUUGCGUCCAACUACUCAGCACUGUGUUGGACAACCUUGAUCGCAAGGAUGUGGGUCCAACCAGAGGGCACGUUCAGCUCAUAAUGGAACGGCUGCUUCGAAGGGUUAAUCGCACUGUCAUCAGCAUGUACAGAUCAUCUCCUCUCAUUGGCCACUAUCUAGCCUGCAUGACGGCUAUCCUGAAGCAAAUGGAUGACAUGCAUUACGCCCACUACAUCAGCACCUUCAAGACGAGACAGGAUAUCAUUGAUUUCCUCAUGGAGACAUUCAUCAUGUUUAAGGACCUCAUGGGCAAUGUUUUCCCUGCCGACUGGAUGAUCAUGAACCUGGUACAGAUGCGGGUCUUUCUGAGAGCUAUCAACCAGUACUCUGACGUCCUCAACAUGUAUUUCUUAGACCAGGCGCAUUUUGAACUACAGCUGUGGAAUAACUACUUUCAUUUGACCGUGGCGUUCCUCACACACAAGACACUGCAACUGGAAUCCUUCUCUCAAGAGAAACGAAAUAAGAUACUGAACAAGUAUGGGGAUAUGAGGAAGACUAUUGGCUUUAAGAUCAGGGAUAUGUGGUACAAUCUUGGCCCCCACAAAAUGAAGUUCAUCCCAGCCAUGGUGGGGCCCAUUCUGGAGGUCACACUGGUGCCAGAGCCCGAGCUGAGGAAAGCUACUAUUCCUAUCUUCUUUGAUAUGAUGCAGUGUGAACACAACUUUAGCCCCGGCCGCACGUUUGAAACGUUUGAGAACGAACUGAUAACAAAAUUGGAUCAAGAGGUAGAAGGAGGCCGUGGGGAUGAGCAGUACAAAGUCCUGCUGGAGAAAACGUUACUGGAGCACUGCAGACGGCACAGAUACCUGUCUCAGUCUGGAGAGGAGCUGGCCCUGCUGCUGAGCAGCCUGCUGGAGAAUCUCUUGGCGUACCGCACCAUCACACAUGAUGAAAGUCCCGAACACCGCAUGAGCUGCACUGUCAAUGUGCUGAAUUUCUACAAAGAGAAGAAAAGGGAAGACAUUUACAUCCGGUACUUGUACAAGCUGCGAGAUUUGCACCUUGACUGUGAGAACUACACAGAGGCAUCCUACACUUUGCUGCUACAUGCUGAAUUACUAGAGUGGUCUGACAAACCCUGUGCACCUCAUCUGAUUCCUCGAGAUGGGCAGCAUGUGUGGACCCAACAGGAGCUGAAAGAGCGGCUCAUCCAGGAGAUCAUAUGCUACUUGGACAAGGGCAAGAUGUGGGAGAAGGCCAUUGAGCUUGGCAAGCAGCUAGCAAAGAUGCACGAGAGCCACAUGUUUGACUUCAUGGAGCUCAGCCAGCUGCUGAAAAAACAAGCAGAGUUCUAUGAAAACAUAAUGCAUGCGAUGCGGCCGCAGCCAGAAUACUUUGCUGUAGGAUAUUAUGGCCUUGGAUUCCCUUCUUUCCUCAGGAACAAGAUGUUCAUCUACCGAGGCAAAGAGUACGAGUGGCUCGAAGAUUUCAGCUUAAAGCUGCUCUCUCAGUUCCCAAAUGCGGCUCGGAUGACCAGCACAGCACCCCCUGGAGACAACAUCAGCAACUCCCCUGGACAGUACAUCCAAUGCUUCACUGUCAAGCCAGUCCUCACUGUACCAAAACAGUUUAAAGACAAGGGGGUUCCUGAACAGAUAUUAAACUACUACAGAACAAAUGAAGUGGACCAGUUCCAGUAUUCCAGGCCCUUCAGGAAAGGUGCAAAGGACCCAGACAAUGAAUUUGCAACCAUGUGGAUCGAGAGAACGACGUAUAUUACCGCCUAUCGCUUCCCAGGGAUUCUGAAAUGGUUUGAAGUCAAAUCUGUCUCAGUGGAGGAAAUAAGUCCUUUGGAGAACGCCAUAGAAACCAUGGAGAUGGCCAAUGAGAAGCUGAGUAACCUUGUGCAGCAGCAAGCUUGUGAUCGCUCACUGUCCAUCAACCCUCUGUCCAUGAUGCUCAGUGGCAUUGUUGACCCUGCUGUCAUGGGUGGUUUCUCCAACUAUGAAAAGGCCUUCUUCACAGACACCUAUAUCCAAGAGCACCCGGAGGACCAUGAGCGCAUCGAGGUCCUUAAACACCUCAUCGCCCUGCAGAUCCCUCUCUUAGCAGAUGGGAUUCGCAUUCACGGGGAGAAGACGACAGAGCAGCUGAAGCCCUUACACAACCGUCUGGUUACUUGCUUCCAAGACCUUCGGGAGAAAGUGGAGAAGCAUUAUGGCGUCAUAACCUUGCCCUGCUCUCUAACUGAGAGGAAGAAGAGUCGUGUGGGCUCCGUGGUGAUGCCCUACAUCAUGUCCUCCACCCUGCGUCGCAUGUCUACUGUCUCAACCCUCUCCAACGCCUCUUCAGGCCUCUCCAGCGGUUCCGCCUCCUCAGAUGGACCCUCCUGCAUUUCCUCCCAAGACAGUUCCUUGUUGUCCCGUCCCAGCGAUCGCAGGACCUCGGUCUUGUCCCGUUCCGAGGAGGACAACAGGAUUGCUAGAAAGAACAGGAAAGAGUGGAGCGUGAGCAAAUCCCAGGUCCUACUGGAGAGGCAGUCAGAUGCAGAUGAGACUCUUCCGGAGAAGCAGCAGAGGCCCAAGAGUUUGCAAAUAGGAGAUCGGCGGAUUCCCCUCUCCCUGUUCCAGGGUGUUUCAUCCCAGCUGCCACCUGCCUCUCCACACACACCUCACACACCACGCAGCUUCAGUUAUUCAUCGCUUCUCAGUGACAAUGAUGCCAAUACCAUUGACACACCAGGGACACCCCCACCCAUGCCUCCAAAGAAACACCCGCAUGAGAUUGACAACUUUGGGUUCUCUUCAGAGUUCACUCCCCCGCUACCGAUGAAAAUUGAGAGCAAGCCUCCUCCGCCACCUCCGAAAACACGGAAGUCGAUGUUCCCCUCUUACGAGCACGGCCCCCAGUAAGGCUACACCCACGCACAGGCUUUAAAGUUUCACUAAUUCUCUGAUUUGGCUUUGAUGAGAACGCAGCUUCAUAUGUGGUAUUGUGGAGUGCCACAGUCGGGCUCAGAUGCAGAACCGUCUACGUGGGGUGUAUGCAGGAUUUUCAGCAGUUCAAAAUGUCCGUCUGAUGCAAGUCACUAAUAAUUCCAAGCAGUCCCUCGGUGUAGAGUUGCUGCUGUUUUUGUUUUGAAGCCUCAAGAAAGGAUAUGUGUGGUGUUGUUGUCAUAAGAGGGUAUUAUGGUACAAAAAUGGAUAUAUGAUUUUAGGUACAUAAGGUCACCAGAAGCCUUUGAUUCAGUUGCUACUUGUAUUUUUUUAAAUGAAAUAGUGAUAAGAUGCUUUUAUUUCUAAAGAAAAGUCACUAAUAGUGUACAGUGAAAUUUCUUUAUCACUCGCAGGGAAAAGGAAUGACCAAUGCUGCAAUGUAAUAUUUAGUUUUUAUGUGUUGGAAUGACACUGGAUGACUGAUUUUUUCCCCCCUAAGCUGUUCACCAGCAUUCCAUAUUUGAACAGGAAAAAGCUGCAUUAGAUACUUGUCAAACUUCACAUUGAUCAAGAGCAGGGAAUAUAAUGUACAGAAUGUACUGUAACUGAUUUUUAUUUUUAUUUUAAUGUAGUUAUUUUGUGUCCGAUGGUGGUCUUCAGUAAUAUUAUGAUCAAACCCAAUUUCUCGAAACCACAAUGUUUCCAAAACACUGGAUGGCAUUAAUGAAUGUGCAGUUUAUGCAAUUUUUUUGAUGUUUUAUGAUGAAUACUGUAAAUGAUGCUUCCAAGCUGCAUCAUGUUGAUGUUAGUGUUUAGUAGAAGUUGUUGCUUAAAGGAAUAGUUCCACAUAUGCUUAUUUGCCUUCUUGCCAAAUGUUAAAUGACAACACACUUUCUUACGGGAGUGGGAUAAAAAAAUGUUGAACUAUUCCUUGAAAGAACUCUAAACGCUGUAUGGUACAAGAAUAAAUGCCUUUGAAGUUCAUUUAAGUUUUAUAUUUCAGGUGUUGGUAGACUUUCUUUUUAUCAGUUCAUGAUUUAAAAUUAAAUUAUUGCUAUUCAUCGAAUUUUUUUAAUAUUUCCACUUUUUUUGCACACCCAAGUGUGUACAGAGAUGGUUUAUUUUUAUGCAGCAUAAAUGGAGUCUAAUUUCAACAUUGUGCCUUAUUACUGUGCACUGUUUCAAUGUGUGUGCCUUCAGAGUGAUAAAUCUAUGCAUGCAAGCGCUCUAGCUCUUUUACAAAUGAUCAAAUUGAAUUAAAUUGUCAGUAUUUUUAGUUUUAUUUUUAGAUUGAAAUUGUUUUACAAGGGAUUAACUUUUUCUACCUUACACAUUUCCUAACAAGUAUCAAAGACAUUUUAUACUUUGCCUCGAAAGAUAUAUGAUUUUUAUUAUGAACAAGCUGUUGACUGAACAAAAAUAAAGACAUGUUGAAACACCAACUCCC